AUGUCGGGCCUAUAUCAUCCACAUCCAUCCGAGGAUGAUCUGCCGGCCAACAAGAGGCGCAAGGUCAACACGUGUCUGCAGUGCAAGGCGCGCAAGGUCAAGUGCGACAAGGUGCGGCCGCUGUGUGGGCCGUGUCAGCGACGCAGGAUCCCAGCCGACCGCUGCGUGUUUGCCGACGAGGCAGACCCAGAAACGCUCCAGCACUAUCUUGGGCCCGACUACCUCGCGCAGCAGGGGUACGAUGUCGCCGAUGUCGCAGCGCAGCCCACUGCGGAAGCGGGGCUGCUGGGAUUGCAAGAUCCACAGGCACGCGCCGUGCUCGACCGCAUCACGCGCGAGAUGAGGCACGCCGACCCGACUCCCGCCCACCUCGCCGACCAGUACCACGCAGCGGGGCUUCUCGAUCCUACCGCGAUCAACGGCAGUGGCGCCGUGCAGGAUGCUGCUGCAGCAGGAGCCGAGCGCGUCGCCCUCGAUCCGAGCCUCACAGAAACGCUGCUCGGCCCAGCUGCGGCCGCGACCAACGGCAACGCCGCCGCCAAGGACGCUGCGGGCGCCAUCGGCUCGCUCGAGGCGGGCAACCUGUUUCCCUUUGCUGCCGAGCCGACGCACGAGCGCACCAAGCUCAUCCUCGGCUUGCUGCCUAACGACCACGUGGUGAAUGUGCUGCUCGACAGCCUGCGCACCUUCGAGAGCAAGUCGCCGCUCGGCAUCAGCUGGCGCCUCAUCCGCAUCCAGCUCAUCAAUCUGCGUGGCGACAUCGCCGACUGGCGCUCGGGCCAGGUCGACGAGCCCGAUGUGGACCUGACGUUCCUCGCGCUGCUCUUCGAACUCAUGGUCGCAGCCAUCGACUGCAAGCCGGGCGAGCAAGUCAUCAGCGAGGGCAUCGCGCUUACGCUCGAGCAGGUGCCCGAGAUGACCGACCGCUGGCACGCCACCUGCCAGGCGCUGCUCGCCAUGAGCACCUUUAUGCACGAGCCCAACCUCAACACGGUGUGCACGCAGUUUCUCUUCUACCUCUACGAGCUGCGCCGCGGCCGCUUCCGUGUGGCGGUGCAGCAUCUCAAGAGCUCGUUCGACGGCGCCAAGGCGAUAUGUAUGCACCAGCUCGGAUCGGCGCACGACGAUGUCCAGCGCUGGCAGUCGACGCCCGAAGAGGACGAUGCGACCAUCCGCACGGGCGCAGUCAUCGCCAUGCGCAAGGCACAGUUUGAGGGCGGCGAGGUGUUUGCGCUCAGCGAGGAACAGCGGGUGUUGGCGGCGAUCCGCGCACACGCCGAGACGGGCGCGGCGAUUCGCAGCCGCGAGCUGGUGCAGACCAACCUACCGGACCGCACGCAUCUGGUGCGCGAGGCGGCGCGCAUGCUGUGGACGUCGCUCACCUGGCACCUCGAGCUCGUCACGCCCGCGCCUCCGCUGGGCGAAGCUCUGGACGAUACGGCGUGGACCACGGCGCUGGGCGCGAUUGACGAGGCGCAUCUUUCGGACGGCGAGACCGCCGAGCUGCCAACGGGCGCAACGCUCGGCUCUCUCUCGACGCACUUUUUCCAGUUCCUUGCAGCGUCGACGGCGUUUAUGCUGCGGCAACGACGCCGCACGGAGCACUUGCACGAGUCGGAGCUGUUGCCGCUCGUCGGCGAGUGGAAUGCGGUGGCGGACGCACACCUGGCACGAAUCCGCGACCAGGUCGCUGCGGGCCGCGCCAUGCUCAGCCACUUUUCGCUGCUCAUCCACCACUGGACACGCAUCCGACUGCUGCGGCCGCACCUCGGCGUGCUCGAGGCCAACUCGUCGCUCGCCGCCUCGCGCGCCACGCUCGUCGACUCGUGCACCGAGGCGCUGGCGCAGCUGCACAAGAUCGCCGCCACGCCCGAUGUCGAGCUGUCCAUCUUCCAGCCUGUGGUCGCAGCAGCCAAGGUAGACGCGACGCUCGUGCUUGCCAUCCACCUCGUGCGCAGGGCGGAGCACAAUGAUGCCAAUGCGGGCGAGGAGUGGACCGCGGUGCGCGAGGCGGUCAAGACCGCACGUCUGCUGCUGUGGACACCCGCGGCCGAGGCGGCGCACCAUAGGCUUGCGCCGUUCAAGCCGUGGGCCCGACAAGCACGCCAGCUGGUGGAGCAGCUUUUGCAAGAAGCAUUCGAACGGAAACGAGCCGCGCGCAUCCACCAACCACGCAUCAAGCAGGAAGACGAUCAGGACGAUGCAGGCGAGGAUGGAGACGAGGUCGAGUCGCUCGGCCCGCUCGCGCCCGAUUCGCCCCUCGGUCUGUACCGCGACCAAAUCCUCGCGGUGACGCCGAUCUACGAGUCGAGGCUGUUCUUUGAUGUCUUCGACGGCUUUCUUCGCUCGUUAUAG